AUGCAUUCCCAUAUCGACCCCACGCAUCGUGUCGUUCAAGCUCCGGCUCGCUCCACUCAAACAAAUAUACAAACUCACCGCUACAACACCCCCACCCCUUACGGAACAACCGACCGAUCUGCUCGUCCGCUGUACAAUGCCCAGCAAGAAGACGCUCUUCGCACAAUGAAGCGUCACCAUGGCUAUGGAGGGUUAGACGCAUGGGGCGGAGUGGACGAGUAUCUGCGCUGGAGAAAACUCGGCUUUGUACCCACGGAGAAGGGGUUAGUGCCAACAGGUAGGGGUGGAGAGAUGGCGGAAGAAAAAUUCCAACAUUUGAAGGGGUUGGAGCAGGAUGGGAAGGAGGUUCGGUGGAGAGACGGGGAGAAUAGGACGAAAAUGAAUGGAGAGUCGCAGAAGAAAAUCCAUGGAGAGAGGGAACGAGGUGCUGAGAAAGAGAAGGAGACGAAGAAGAAGGAGAGGAGGGGGUGCGUUGUCAUUGGAGAGCUGAGGAGAAGCGCUGCUGAGUAG